GUCGUGUAUAAAUACGGACAGUAGGGUGCCGAGAUGGCAAGUCUUAACGCUUCCACAACAAGCACAUCAGCACAAUGAGGACCUUUGUUGCCUUUUUCGCCCUCGUCGCCUGCGUCUACGCUGGUGAUGUCGGAUACGGUGGCUUGGGCGCCGGUCUUGGCGGAGGAUUUGGCGGACUUGGGCUCGGUGGCGCUUCCUUCGGUGGUGCCGGUUUUGGUGGUGCCGGACUUGGCGGUGCCGGAUUUGGAGGUGCAGGUUUUGGCGGUGGAGCUGUCGCUGCUCCCGUUGCUACCGUAUCCUACGUCAAGCAGCCAGUUGUGAAGGUCAACUAUGUCACCCGCCCAGUCGUCAGCUACGUCAGGCAGCCCGUGACUAGCGUCAGCCACCAACUUAGGGCUGUUGUCAACUACCACGGUGGUGCUGGUGCUGCCCUCGGCGGUGGAGCUGGCCUUGGAGGUGGCUUCGGAGGCGGCUUCGGAGGUGGAUUCGGAGGCGGAUACGGAGGAUUCGGUGGGGCGGGUUUCGGAGCCGGAUUUGGUGGCGCCAGCUAUGGUGGCGGCUAUGGCCACAAGGGAUGGCACUAA